AAGAAGGGAGUAGAAGAGAACAACACAACAAAAUAGCAAAUCAAAAUGGCGCACCAACAGCAGCAGCAACAACAACUGGCUCCAUCCGUGAAUUGUUCAUUGGAUGAUAUCGAUUUGACGGCACUGAAGGAUCCUGCUGGCAUCUUUGAGCUGAUCGAAGUUGUUGGCAAUGGCACCUACGGCCAGGUCUAUAAGGGCCGUCACACAAAGACUGGACAAUUGGCUGCCAUAAAGGUGAUGGAUGUCACCGAGGACGAGGAGGAGGAGAUCAAGCUGGAGAUCAAUGUGUUGAAGAAAUACUCAAAUCAUCGCAACAUUGCCACCUACUAUGGGGCGUUCAUCAAGAAAUCUCCACCGGGAAAGGACGAUCAGCUGUGGCUGGUGAUGGAGUACUGUGGCGCUGGCUCCGUGACGGAUCUGGUUAAAUCCACCAAGGGACAGAGCCUCAAGGAGGAGUGGAUCGCCUACAUAUGCCGCGAGAUCCUGCGCGGCCUCAGCUACUUGCAUUCGAACAAAGUCAUCCAUCGGGACAUCAAGGGCCAGAAUGUGCUCCUCACAGACAAUGCGGAGGUGAAGCUGGUGGAUUUUGGUGUCUCGGCGCAACUGGAUCGCACGAUAGGCAGAAGGAAUACAUUCAUUGGUACACCCUAUUGGAUGGCGCCGGAGGUCAUUGCCUGCGACGAGAAUCCCGAUGCCACAUACGACAAUCGAUCGGAUCUGUGGUCGCUCGGCAUCACUGCCUUGGAGAUGGCUGAGUCACAGCCGCCGCUGUGCGAUCUGCAUCCGAUGCGUGCCCUCUUCUUGAUUCCGCGCAACUCGCCGCCGCGCCUCAAAUCGAAGAAAUGGUCCAAGAAAUUCCAUGGAUUCAUUGACACGGUGUUGGUGAAGGACUACCAUCAGCGGCCUUAUACCGAGAAUCUGCUGAAGCAUGGCUUCAUCAAGGAUCAGCCGACGGACCGGCAAGUGCGCAUCCAGCUGAAGGACCACAUCGAUCGCUGCAAGAAGCGCAAGCAGGAGAAGGAGCGCGAGGACUAUCGCUACUCGGGCAGCGACAACGACGACGAUGAGCCGCAGCUGGCGGGCGAGCAUAGCUCCAUUGUCCAGGCCCCGGGCGGCGACACCUUGCGCCGCAACUUCCAGCAGAUCCAGGAGGGCCGUCUCGCGGCCGAACAGCAGCAGCAGCAUCACCAGCUGAUGGCCCAUGCCCAUGCGCAGGCAGCGGCCGACCAUGCAGCCGCCCAGGCCCAGUUGCACCAGCAACAGCAGCGACAGGCAGCCGCGGCGGCGGCGGCGGCAGCAGCAGAGGCACAUGCAGCACAGCAGCAGCAGCAACAACAGCAGCAGGCACAGGCGCAACAGCCGCAGGCGAAUCGACAGCAGAAACCGCCAUCGCGCCAGCAGAUCGAGGAGCCAGGUCCGCCGGCACGUCCACAAAUACCACAGCGUCUGAUUGUGGUGCCAGAUCCACCGCAUGCCAAUCGGCCAUUGCCACCGACCCCGAAGUGCGGCGGAGGAGGAGGCGAUCAGCCAGCGGGUCAGACGCCACAGCAGCAGCAGCGCAACUCGCAGAAUAACUUCAAGCCAUCGUUACCACCAAGGAGACCUGAGCCGCAGCCACAGACAGCAGCAACAGCAGCCGGAGGUGCAGCCGGUGCAGGGGUACAGCAGCAGGCGGCCCAACCAGAGGCGCCACCACGCAACAAUCGGGGGUCCAGUUCCGCUUCGGGUGGUGGAGGAGUAGGAUCAUCCGCAUCGAAGCCAGCCGCCGUACUGCCGCAGCAGUCCAACAAUCAUCUGGGACAGCCCGUGAAUCCGUUGGAUCCAUUGGACAGCAGCGAUUCGGACAGCGAGCCGGAUGAGCCGAACGAUCGGGCCCGGAAUGAUGGCACUCUGUUGGCCAGCGAUCCGCCCAAGCCGCUGCCUGGCCUGGGACCCGUCUCCGAGGAUGGCAAUACGACAACGCCGCUUGGCAGCCAUGGAAGCGGAGGACCGCCCAACCGGCCACUGCCCCCAACGCCCGACGACGAUGAUCAGGCAGGAGAUCGUACGCUGAUCAUGAAGCGCAAACUCGAACAGAAUAUAAAUCGCCUGCAAAAGUCGGCAUCCGCUGCCGCUGUGCCACGAAAGGAGGAGGCAAAGCUGCUCAGGGACUGGGACUUUGAUCGAUUCUUUUCGAAGAGCGGAGCGGGCAGCACCAGCAAUGGAGCGGCAGCACCAGUAGCAGCACCACGUGGCAGUGGCAGAGCCAGCGGUGGCAGUGGAAGUGGAAGCAGUGGCAGCCCCACAACGACGGCCAGCCUCACUCGUAGCUCGCAACAGAGCACGCUCAAGGUGGAGACGAAGCUGCAGAGGGCCAGUGUGGCGGAGGCCAUCACCAGGCCAGUGCCCAGGGGCUAUCAGCCGCUGAAGGGUGCAGGUGCAGGUGCAGGCGCUGGCGCUGGCGCAGGCACAGGUGCCACAAGUAUUGCCAAAGAACGGGGAACUGCCGCUGGAGCCGCAAGCAGCAGCACUUCAAAGUCGCAGCACAAACGCCAGGAGUCGGACUCCAAGCUGCCGAUGAAUUUUGUGCGCAGCUUUAGGCGUGAGAACUCUGACUUCUUUCCGCUAACCAAACGCCACUCUGCAGUGCUGAGUGGCACCACCAGCAGCAACAACAGCAGCAGCAGCAACAGCGGCGGCACAGCCUCCACACAGCAGCUGCAGUCGCCACAAAUGGUUCAAGCCAACCAGCGAGCCAGUGCCAUGUACCAAAGGAACAGCAUUUACAACAGCAGCAGCAGUGCCACAGCCAGUGGCAGCAGCAAGAGCAAGACCACCUCUCCAGCAGCAGCAGGAGCAGGAGCAGUGGCUGCCAAGUCGGGAGCAGGAACUCCUGCCACUCCUGCCACCAAAUCCAGUUGGGCGAAUCUUGAUUUCUUGCGUCCGCGUCGCGAAAAGACUGAAUCCGUCAUUGUGUUGCAGAAUGCUGCAUCACGAGCGCAUCAGCAGCAACAGCAGCAACAGCAGCAGCAGGCGCAACAGCAACAGCAGCAGGUGCAACAGCAGCAGCAGCAGCAGAAUCGUGGAGUUGGCGGAGUAGGAGGCAGCGGCGGCGGCGGCGGCGGUUGCAGCAGCGGAGUUGCAGCCGAUGGCAGCGUUUUGGGGACACCCGGAACCCGGACCAGCAGCGUACUGCCCGAUCUGCUUAGCCAGGCAUCGCCGGCCACACCGCCACGCCAUGACAAAUCAUCCAGUGAGGAGUAUCAAGCGGCCAUCAGUUCAUCCGUGCAUUCCACGCCAUCGAAAUCGUUUAUCGCUAGCAGCGGCAACGGAGCCGUCGGUGGCCAUGGCCUUGGGGGUGGUAGCGUCGUCGGUGGUGUGAUUAUUAGCAGCAGCAAUAAUUCGCCACAGUCGACGAUAUCGCUUGCCUCGUCCUCGUCGAAUUCGCGACAGAACUCGCCAAAGAAUUCGAUCAGUAAGACGCGUUCCUCCAGCAGUAUUACUAAUUUAUUGCACAAAUCUGCUUCUUCCUCCUCUGCGAACAUACACCAUCUGACGCCAUGCUCGUCGACCUCAUCGAAUGCCCCGCUAUCGGCCUCGUCGAUCGCCCACUUGCCACCGCACGCGUACGCGCUGCAACAGAAACAACGCAGUUUCCUUACCUUCGGUUUCGGGGCCGGCGGCUCCGGCCCGUCGCGUCGUGAGUCGCACGUGAAUGUCAAUGUGACGCCCACCUCUCACGAGGCGGCCAACGAUACGCCCGAGAUCCGUAAGUAUAAGAAGCGCUUCAAUUCGGAGAUACUCUGUGCGGCGCUAUGGGGUGUCAAUUUGCUGAUUGGCACAGAGAAUGGCCUGAUGCUGCUCGAUCGUUCCGGCCAGGGGAAGGUCUAUCAACUCAUCUCAAGACGCCGCUUCCAGCAAAUGGAAGUGCUAGAGGGUCAAAACAUAUUGGUUACCAUAUCCGGCAAGAAGAAUCGCGUGCGUGUCUACUACUUGUCCUGGCUUAAGUCGAAAAUCUUGCGCACCGAUGGACUCUCCGAUCAAGUGGAGCGUCGCAAUGGCUGGAUUAAUGUGGGUGAUCUACAAGGUGCUGUACAUUUUAAGAUUGUCAAAUACGAAAGGAUUAAGUUCCUAGUGAUUGCAUUAAAAGACUCUAUUGAAAUAUAUGCAUGGGCUCCCAAACCAUAUCACAAAUUUAUGGCAUUUAAGAAUUUUGGUGAAUUGGAACAUCGCCCGCUUUUGGUCGAUCUCACAAUUGAAGAUCAGUCGAGACUGAAGGUGAUUUAUGGCUCGGCCGAGGGUUUCCAUGCGGUUGAUUUGGAUUCAGCUGAAGUAUACGACAUAUAUCUUCCCAAACAUACUCAGGGUGCAAUCAUUCCGCAUUGUAUUGUGGCGCUUCCGAACUCCAAUGGGAUGCAACUGCUGCUGUGCUACGACAAUGAAGGUGUCUAUGUGAACACUGUGGGUCGUGUUUCCAAGAAUAUUGUCCUCCAGUGGGGAGAGAUGCCCACCUCAGUGGCAUACAUUGGCACUGGGCAAAUAAUGGGCUGGGGCAACAAAGCAAUAGAGAUACGUUCCGUUGAGAGCGGCCAUUUGGAUGGUGUGUUUAUGCACAAGAAGGCGCAGCGCUUGAAAUUCCUUUGCGAGCGCAACGACAAAGUAUUCUUCAGCAGUGCCAAAGGUGCUUCAUCGUGUCAAAUCUACUUUAUGACGCUCAACAAGCCAGGCAUGGCCAAUUGGUAAAGCACUCUGCUCUGCUCUAAUGAUCUUGGCAGCCAUCGAUCGACCCAACCCAACCCAACCCAACCCAAAAGGCGAUCGAUUUGCUCAACCAGCAAUGCAUAAAACAUUUUCUUCUUAUUUUACAACAAAGCAACAAAAUAUCUAAAGAGAACAUACACACCCACACAACACCCACACAUAACGAAGAUAAUUAGUGAAGUUAAAAGUUAAGUGAGAUGAGAUGAGAUAAUGAAGAUGAAAAUGAUAUCCUAUAGAGAAGAGAAACAAUUCAAAACACCAACAUUCAUCACCACACCACAAACCACACAAACAAUCAUGAACUUGUGCUUAUGAAAAUUCACCACGACAACGUUUCAAUUAGUAAAUGUGCUAAGAAAACUCGAUCCACUCGGAGGCGAUGUGCGAAGCGAGCCUAUAUAUAUAUAUUAAAAUAAUCUAUUUAAUAUUUAGAAACGAAAAUGUCAAGCUCACUCGCAGAGGUUUUUUCGUCAGAACAGAUCGGAAAGGAACGGAACGGAAACAGAAAUCAACGAUCUAUAUCCUUUCGAUGAUGUAUGUAUAUUGACGUUACAUAGCUGAACCCUGAGUCCCAUAGAUGGUGUGCUGCUAUCCACUAUCCAGAUGGAUCCACACACAAUCGCAAACACACACAACCACACACACGAUUCAAAUCCAUUUCAAAUGUCGUUUCGAGUAUGAUUUCGCUUUCAAGUUAAACUUAAGUUGAAAAAAAAAAACAGGCAACGCAGCAACCGAAAAUACACAUAUGUAUAUCGAAUUUUUGCAAUGGAAAACCACGUAUAUAUAUAUAGUAUAUAUUAAUGAAUAAAUAUAUGCAAUUAGUUUUUGUUCUUGGUAUUAUCAAAUAGAAUUUAUUUGUGCGUUUCUGAUUAAUGAAAGUGUGGAAAGCAGAGGGAAAUUUAUUGUCUGUAUGCUCAUUUUUAUGGAGAACAAAGCAAAGCAAAGCAAAAUAAAAAAACGCCAUUGUAAAAAC